CGACCAUCUCACAACUCAGACGCGCGCGCGUUUACAUAAAAUCCACGCACGUCUUUGGACUCCGAAACGCACGACGUGGAAUCGGACGGCAGCAACCUGCGGCGGGGAGGCAACGACCCCCCCGCAGGGCUGCACCUGACUGAGAGCCUGCGCUUCACACGGACAGAGGUGAGUCCACUGCGAGUCCACUCCGGGACCAAAGACCAGGGCGGACACGUCCUCCCUCCCCGUGCUCACUGAGUUAUCAUCACCAGUUGCAAUUCUUCUGCGGAUGAAAUCUGAUCCAUAAGAAAGUCGCACGCUGGGUUUCUCUCCACUGAGGGACACAGAGGAUGGUUUGUGCGCCAGGAGUCGCCGCGCGGAAGACAAGCGGCCACUAACCCCCCCGUUACCUCCGUCGCUCCUUCUGCGGGGAAGAAAAUGGAAAACUACACCGCGACUUGGAGUAAUUUCACCCAAGUUCUGUCGGAGCUGGGCGGGACGGCCGGCGAGGAAGAAGAGGCCGACGGCGGCAGCGGCGGAGCGAGCGGGGGGCUGCGCGUCCUGGUCGGCUGCGUCCUCUUCCUGCUCAUCGUGUCCACGCUGCUCGGGAACACGCUGGUGUGCGCCGCCGUGGUCCGCUUCCGCCACCUGCGCUCCAAGGUCACCAACUUCUUCGUCAUCUCGCUGGCCGUGUCCGACCUGUUCGUGGCCGUGCUGGUCAUGCCCUGGGAGGCCAUCACGGAGGUGACGGGGACGUGGCUGUUCGGGCGCUUUUGUGGGGUCUGGAUCGCCUUCGACAUCAUGUGCUCCACGGCCUCCAUCCUGAACCUGUGCAUCAUCAGCGUGGACCGCUACUGGGCCAUCGCCAGCCCGUUCAAGUACGAGCGCAAGAUGACUCACCGCGUGGCCUUCGUGAUGAUCGGGGUGGCGUGGUCGCUGUCCAUCUUGAUCUCCUUCAUCCCUGUGCAGCUCAACUGGCAUCAGGUCGGGGAGGAGGGUGGAGAGGCGAUGGAGCGAGUGAUGGAGAUGAUGGCGGCCGCUGGCAGGAAUUUCACAAACAGCAGCAACGUCAACGCCAGCGCCGCCGCCAAGAGCUGCGUCGCCAACCUGAACAAAACCUACGCCAUCUCCUCCUCCCUCAUCAGCUUCUACAUCCCGGUGGUCAUCAUGAUCGCCACCUACACCCGGAUCUACAGGAUCGCUCAGACCCAGAUACGCCGCAUCACGUCUUUGGAGCGGGCGGCGGAGCAGGCGCAGAACCAAGGCUACGGAGGGAACCGGAACCAGCAGCAGCAGCAGCAGCACAGGCCCAACGAGGAAGCCUCGCUCAAGUCGUCCUUCAAGAAGGAAACCAAAGUCCUGAAGACCCUCUCCAUCAUCAUGGGGGUGUUCGUCUUCUGCUGGCUGCCGUUCUUCGUCCUCAACUGCACGGUGCCGUUCUGUGACCCGCCCUGCGUCAGCGACACCACCUUCACCGUCUUCGUGUGGUUCGGCUGGGCCAACUCUUCCCUCAACCCGGUCAUUUAUGCAUUCAACGCGGACUUCCGCCGGGCUUUCGCCACCAUCCUGGGCUGCAACCAAAUGUGCUCCAGCAACGCCGUGGAGGCUGUGAACUUCAGCGACGAGCUGGUCUCCUACCACCACGACACGACGCUCCACAAGGAGACGCUGGUGCCCACGCAGCCGCCGCCGCCACCGCGCACCAUCAACGUGGUGUCGGAUCACCUGGAGGACACGAGCCCCCAGUUCGACGAAGACUCGAUCAUCUCCAAUGGUUCCCGGAGCCACAACAGACUGCCGCUGCUCCCCGCCACCGUGCAGCUGGAGGAUGACCCGGAGGUCUCCUUGGAAACGAUCACGCCGUUCACCUCGGCGAUGGGGCUCGAGAGUGAUGCUCUACUGCCAGGACAAAUCCAACAGGAGGAAUAGGACAGAUCGUGCAUUGAGUUUGGGCGGCCAUAGUGAAACAGGAAGUUAUGCUGUGUUGCCUUCAAAAUAAAAGCAUCAACUUAAAACGAACUGCAGUUAAACUUUUACUCCCUAGUUUUUUUCUUUUCAUUUCAUUUGAAAUGACGGAGGACUUUGAAGGCUUUAUAACCAAGCUGCUCUGUAAUGUCCGGCGAAACGUACUAAAGCCACAACCGUAAAGCUUCAGAUAAAAUGAAAACAUCACAAUUUACUCAUUCAUUCAAUGUGACUGCUGGAUUGUUUUGCUCAGUUUCUGUAUUUGCACUUAUUUAAAUGGAAGCAUAUUUAGUUUAAUUUAAUUAGACCUACUUGACACGGUAAGAUAAGAGCCACAGAUCUUCACUGUGAAGAAGCGUAGCACCAACCGCCCCGCCCCCCCCCCUCAGGUUGACACCCCUAAUUCUGUCCGCUCUCUUGUUGUUGUGUGCGUUGUUAUGGCUGUUAACAUUGUUGUAAGCAGGAGGCUCUUUGAGAGGAAAGCUCCCAAUCCUGCAGCCUCAAGUGAUGAUUUUCAUUGUCAUUAAAGUGGUUCCAAAUGUUUCAACUAUU